AUGAGAACAUAUGGAGAGCAGAUGCAAGAUGUCACAGUGGUGGAGAAGAUUCUCAGAUCAUUGAGUGAGAAGUUUAAUUAUGUUGUUUGCUCAAUUGAGGAGUCUAAAGACAUCGAUCAACUUUCCAUUGAUGAACUGCAGAGUUCUCUGAUUGUUCAUGAGCAGAAAUUCCAGCGACAUACAGGAGAAGAACAAGCUCUCAAGGUAACCUCUGAAGACAGGUUUGGUGCAAGAGGAUGCGGUCAAGGUACAUACAGAGGUCGAGGAAGAGGGCGAGGUCGCCAAUCCUACAAUAAAGCAACAGUGGAAUGUUAUAAAUGUCACAAGCUUGGUCAUUUUCAAUUCGAGUGUCCAAGCCAGGAUAAGGAAGCCAACUACGUUGAAUUAGGAAGAGAAGAAGAAGAGAUGUUACUCAUGUCAUAUGUGGAGAUGAAGAGUGCUCGAAGGGAAGAUGUCUGGUUUCUAGAUUAUGGAUGUAGUAACCACAUGUGUGGUGACAAAAGCUUGUUCUGUGAUCUCAACGAGGACUUCAGGCAAAAGGUAAAGCUUGGAAAUAACACAAGGAUGGCUGUAUUAGGAAAAAGCAAUGUAAGAAUAACAGUAAGUGGCUUUAUACAUGUCGUUCGUGAAGUAUUUUUUGUGCCUGAACUAAAGAACAACCUUAUGAGCAUUGGUCAACUACAAGAAAGAGGAUUGACGAUUCUCAUUCAACAUGGAAAGCUCAAGAUUUAUCAUCCAGAGAAAGGGCUCAUAAUACAGACCGAGAUGACAACAAAUCGGAUGUUUGUGUUGCUAGCAAAUUCACGGUCUCCAAAGCCAGCUUGUCUCUACACUUCCACGCAGGAUUUGGCACACUUAUGGCACUGUCGCUAUGGACAUUUGAGUUACAAAUGA